CCGGUUAGCUGAAGGGCUGACCUGGGGCAUCAUCUCGUCUCCACACCCCAAACGCUAAAACCCUCUGGGCGGCGGCGGCGGCGGGUUUCACCAGCGGAAGCUCCCGGCGCUCUCCUCUAGCGAAGGAAAAGGGGGAAUACAGAGAGCAGCUGGGUCAGAUGGACAGCGGAAGCGAUUCCGACAGCGCCCCGGAGGAACUCACCGCCGUCCAGGGUGUUGAGAAGCACGAAAAGAUCAGUAAAGUUGAGAAGGACAGUGCCAUCAGAGUAACACGGGAGGGAAAGGAGCGGAGAAAACGUUGGGCCCAACGGAGAACAUCCUCUAAACCAGAUAACCCCGCGCCAGAGGAAAUAGAAGAUCAAGGUACCAACCAGCGUGAGGAGAAUGAGGAGACACAUACUAUGCCUGGCAUGCUCCCCAGUAGUGUAAUUGAAAUGCUAGCAGCUCGUGAGAAGCAAACCUUCUCAUCUGACUCUGAGGAAGAAAAUGUAAAGCAGAAGGUUCAGAAAAAGAAGAAGAGAACAGAAACUUCUGGGCCUGAAACUAUUUUGUUGAAGGAUGUCCGGUCAACUCAACACGUGAAGAAUGCCCUUGAUUUCUUGGAGCAAAGGAAGAACCAGGUGCCAAGAUCGAAUGCAGUUUUGAAGAAUGCCAAUAAGGCUUUGCGUCUCCUUUCUUCGAAAGGUAACUUUCUAAGUUAAGAGUGAUAGAAUAGCACAUUUUCUGAAUCUGUCUGUAGACAUCUCAACAGCUGAUGUGGUCAAGAGACUUAUGAUCAAUAUGUUUGAAAGGAAUCGACUUGGCAUGUGAGGUGUGAUGCAUCAUAUCCUUGGUGUGAAAAUGUGUAACAAUUGUUGCUCCUGUUCCUUGUAAGAACUACAAGGUCUGUAUGUUGGUUGUGUUUGAGUAUUUUUUUUAUGGAUCUUGUGUUGCAAACUUCUAAAAGAAAAUCCUGAAAGAUUUCCAAAUUUUGAUAUCAA